ACUACCAACCAACAUGUCGCUACAACUGUCAAGUUUUCCGACGCCACCGUCCUCGAGGGUGUGACUUUAUCAUCGCCCUUCUUUGCCUUUUUGCUUACACCACCCAUUCUGCCUCCAUUUACACGCGCACUGUCGUUUCGGUUGUUCCGAAGAACUCCGCCACCUUCCAGAAGAAUCCACCGUCCUUCGCAUCGUCUCCGGCGAUCUCUGAAAUUCCUGUCAAAGUAUUCGACCAUCCGAUCUUCUGAGUUUCGUAACAUCCUUUUGUUCCUCAGUCUUGAGAUCGUUCGAAUCUGUUCAGCAAUUGCGUGGAAGCAGAGAAACAAUUAGGGAAGAUGAGUGAAGUAUUCGAGGGGUACGAGCGCCAGUACUGCGAGCUCUCGGCCAAUCUUUCAAAAAAGUGUACGACGGCUGGUGCUCUUGAUGGAGAGCAAAAGAAGCAAAAAGUUUCAGAAAUAAAGACUGGAAUUGAUGAAGCUGAAUCUUUGAUUCGUAAAAUGGACUUGGAGGCAAGAAGCUUGCAGCCCAAUGUUAAGGUAGUGCUUCUGGCUAAGUUGAGGGAGUAUAAAUCAGACCUGAACAACCUGAAAAGUGAGGUCAAAAGACUUGUAUCUGGAAACUUAAAUGCUGCUGCCCGUGAUGAAUUGCUACAGUCGGGAAUGGCUGAUACUUUGACGGCCUCAGCGGAUCAGAGAGCAAGAUUAUUGAUAUCGACUGAGAGAUUAAACAAGACUAGUGAUAGAAUUAAGGAAGGCAGGAGAACCAUGCUGGAAACGGAAGAUCUUGGUGUUUCUAUUCUUCAUGAUUUGCAUUCACAGAGACAGUCUCUCUUACAUGCUGAUAACGCGCUUCAUGGGGUGGAUGACAACAUAGGAAAGAGCAAGAGAAUUUUGACCUCCAUUUCAAGGAGGAUGAGCAGGAACAAGUGGAUGAUUGGCUCGAUUAUUGCGGUUCUUGUCAUCAUUAUCCUUGUGAUUCUAUACUUCAAACUGUUUAAAUAGAGGACAUGGUUGUUUCCUUGGUCUUUGGUGUGCGUCUUUCCAAGAGAUGUCUUCCUUUUCUUCCCCACUACUUUCUUUUCCCUUUUUAUGAGUUUGCAAUUGAGUGCUAACGUGUGCAUCAAUGACAAUAUUAUUAUGUAUCGUGCUGGCUUUAUUGAAUGCAUGCUUACUUGAUUUGUCUUUGUUA